AUGGCCCACAGCCACAGCAACCACGAGCCAGGCCAUCACGCGUAUGGGCACAAGCAUGGUCGCUUCCAAGUCAGUCGAAAGACCCGCCUCAGGGCUGUGAUAGCUAUUUCCUUCUGUUUCUUCGCCGCCGAAAUCUCCGUAGGUUUCUAUACAUCAUCACUUGCCCUGGUGGCUGAUGCCUUCCACUAUCUCAACGACCUCAUCGGAUUCAUCGUGGCCCUGGUAGCUGUCCAGGUGACAGAGCGCAAGACUUCACCUCCAGAUCUCUCCUUUGGUUGGGCGCGGGCCUCACUCCUCGGCGCCUUCUUCAACGGCUCUUUCCUUCUCGCCCUAGGUGUCAGCAUCACACUACAAUCUAUCGAGCGCUUCAUCUCCAUUGAACACGUCGACAACCCCAAACUAGUCCUGAUUGUUGGUUGUGUUGGCCUAGCUCUCAACAUCAUCAGUGCCUUGUUCCUACAUGAGCAUGAUCACGAUCACGGCCCUGGUAGCAGCGGCGACGAGGAGAGCAUGUCACUUGCGCCAAUGCAUGCCAAUCACCUGCACAUAUCCGCGAAACCAAAGAAGCACGGAAUGGAUCUGGGUAUUCUCGGAGUUCUCAUCCACGUUAUCGGCGACGCGAUCAACAACAUCGGUGUCAUCAUCUCCGCAGUCAUCAUAUGGUUCGUCAAGUCGCCUAAUCGUUAUUAUGCCGACCCAGCGGUUAGUAUGUGGAUCGCCAUCAUGAUUCUUCUUACCGCAAUUCCCCUCACGAAGCGUAGCGGAAAGAUUCUGCUUCAGUCUGCACCCCUGGGCGUCAAGAUUGAAGAUGUCAAACACGAUCUGGAGGCCAUUCCUGGUGUGCUUAGUGUGCACGAACUGCACGUCUGGCGUCUGGAUCAGAAGAAAGCUGUCGCAUCAGCACAUGUUGUGGUCAGUGACCCUGAUAUCGCGAGCUUCAUGAGCAAAGCCAAGAUUUUCUCUGAAUGUCUGCAUGCGUACGGCAUUCACUCGGCAACACUCCAACCUGAGCUGGCAUCCGCUUCGGACAGGAUCCAUGAGGUUGAAGCUGGGGGCAGGGAAACAGCCGAAGGCGUCACAAGUUCAACGCAAACAGCACGAACGAGUACCGAGACUUGCGGUGUGCCUUGUGGUGUAACUUGCGAAGAGUUGAAGUGCUGCACUUGA